GGGAGUUCUCUCUCGCUCUCUGCUAUCUUCUCUCUCUAUCUCCACCAGAUUAUCCCAGCGUCUCUCUUCACUCUGUUUUCUCUCUCCCAAAACCCUAAACCCUUUCGAUCUCUCUAUCUUCGAUCCAUCUGAGAAACCCGAAACUCUUGAGAUCGACUCCUUCAAAUCGUCUUUCUGAUGGAGAACAUGAAGACGAAGCACAGACAAACCGUAAGACGAAGUAAUCAGAUGAACAAGAUGAAGCUUGAGAUUACUGAAAUCGUUUGAAAUCCAUCACGCAUCUUCAAGUCGAGAAUGGUGGAGCUUAUAUAAAGUGACUAUUCAACUCAAGUUAGCACCUUUUGAUCGUCAUAAGUUGAUUCAGUAGUUUGGAUUUGUCCAACUUCUAUUUCCCAAUGGAGGACGAAGGAAAUAACAGUUGUAGUCAUGAAGAUGCUCAACUCUCUGCCGUAGUUGAAGGCAUGGAAAGUGACACAGAGAAAGAUGCUCACAGAGAAGAAGAGGAAGGACAAGAACAAGAACAUAAUAAUGAAGAUGGAGAGUUUGCUAUGAGAUUUGAAGGUGAUAUGAAUCCUUUUGAUUUCACAGAGAAUGAUGCUUUCGGAAUCCAACCGUAUCAGCGAUUUGAGCGCAUUGAGUAUGAGUCUCUUGCUGAAAAGAAGCGAAAAAUAUUUAUGGAUCGUGAAGGGUUGCCAAAGAAAAGCAGACAAGAUGAUCUUUUUGGUGUGAACAUUGAUGAAAUAAUGGAAGCCAUGAAUUAUGGUAGUCGGCGAAAAUCAAGGAAGAUAAAGAAAAGAGGCAGGCCGAAGGGAUCUAGAAAUAAACUUAGUCCUGAAGUGACACAAAUGCUUGGUGAGGGCACUCUUCAUUAUGCACAUGGCCGUUACGCAGAGGCCAUAGGUGUAUUGAAUGAAGUUGUUAGGCUUGCACCUAACUUGCCCGAAACAUAUCAUACACUCGGUCUUGUCUAUAAUGCAGUUGGUGACAAGCAAAAAGCCAUGAGUUUCUACAUGCUUGCUGCGGUAAUGAUGCCAAAGGAUUCAUCUCUGUGGAAAUUGCUCGUAACAUGGUCCUUAGAGCAAGGAAAUACUGCUCAGGCACGGUACUGCCUUUCUAAAGCAGUAAUGGCUGAUCCUGAUGAUACUUCACUUAAACUUCAUCUAGCUUCACUUUACAUUGAGCUUGGGGAUUGUGAGAAAGCUGCUAAAUUGUAUUCAUUAAUGUUGCAACUUUCUCCUGGGAAUACCGAAGCAUGUAAGGCAGCUGCAAAGUUAUACAGUAGUUGUGGCCAGACCGAACGUUCCAUCAGCGUUCUGGAGGACUAUCUUAAACGUCAUCCAAGCGAAGCUGAUUUAAGCAUUGUUCAUAUGCUAGCAGCCAUAUGCAUGGGAAAAGGUGAAUAUGUCAAUGCUCUUCAACAUAUUGAACUUGCACAAUCCGUAUACUGUUCUGGGAAAGAAAUGCCCUUGCAUUUAGCAACUAAGGCAGGAAUUUGCCAUCUUCAUCUCGGAAAUAUGGAAAAGGCAGAGGCUCUUUUUGGGUUUUUUCAGUUGGAGAAUGCACUUGACCAUGUUGAUCUACUUAUUGAAGUUGCAGAUACAUUUAAGAUUCUUGGUCACUAUGAAUCUGCAUUGAAGUACUAUCUGAUGUUAGAAGGAAGUGCUAGAGAUGACCAUGGCAUUUUGCAUUUCAAAAUAGGUGAAUGCUAUUUAUCAUUGGAGGAAACAGUCCAGGCAAUCCAAUUCUUCUACAAAGCCAUAAAUACAAUUGAGGACAGUGUUGAUGCUCGGUUAACUUUGGCUUCUCUUCUUCUUGAGAAAGGGAAAGCAGAUGAAGCAAUUUCAUUGCUUUCUCCAAAUAAUCAAGAUUUGACAUUAGAAACCAGCAGUCAAACUAAACCAUGGUGGCUUAAUGAGAAAGUGAAGCUGAAGCUUGCAAAUAUUUAUCAAGCUAAAGGGAUGCUGGAGGAAUUUGUUGAUGUAAUCUUUCCCUUGAUUCGUGAUUCGUUGAUUAUUGAAACUUCUAAUACGGAGGUUAGAGCAAAGAAAAAGCUUUCAAAAACUGUUCUUGCUGAAAGAGCCAGAGUGCUGGAUGAUAAUCAAACUGACCUUGUCUUUCACGGUUUUAGACCAACUGUUAGUGCAUCAGACUUAUUAAAAGCUUCUAGAGCUAAAAAGAUGCUUCAAAAGAAGUCAGAUUUGAAGGAAGAUAUGAAAGCUAAAGCAUUGGCUGCUGGUUUGGAUUGGCAAAGCGAAGAUUCAGAUGAUGAGCCGCCACAGAAGGCACUGAAAAAGCCUCUCUUGCUCCAAUUCCUGAAAGAUGCAGAGCAUCAUCAGCUUAUUAUGGAUUUAUGCAAGGCAUUGGCAACAUUGCGAAGAUACCGGGAAGCAUUAGAUAUUAUUAAUCUUGUUAUGCGGUUACUUUCCAAUAAAUUGGAAGUCGGCAUCAAGGAUGAACUUUUGACACUUGGGGCUCAAAUGGCAUAUAAUCUCAUGGAUCCAAAAUAUGGGUUUGACUUUGUACGGGACAUUGUUCUACGGAAUCCUUAUAGCGGGGCUGCAUGGAAUUGCUACUACAAAUUAAUAUUGAGACUGGAUAAUUACCACUCCAAGCACUCUAAAUUUUUGCAGAGAAUACGAGACAAGCACAAAGAUUGCUUGCCACCUAUAAUUAUUUCUGGGCACCAAUUCACGAUGAUCAGCCAACAUCAAGCAGCUGCAAGAGAAUAUCUAGAAGCUUAUAAACUUCUGCCUGGAAGUCCGUUGAUCAAUCUCUGCGUGGGCAGUGCUUUAAUCAACUUAGCCUUUGAUAUAAGACUUCAGAACAAGCAUCAAUGUGUUGCACAAGGUCUAGCAUUUCUACUCAACAACCUGAGGCUUUGUGAUAAUAGCCAGGAAAGCUUGUAUAACUUAGCCCGGGCAUUUCAUCAUGUUGGCCUCGUUUCUCUUGCAGCUUCGUAUUAUGAAAAGGUUCUUGCUACUCACCCUAAGGAUUAUCCCAUUCCCAAGCUUCCAUACGAGAAUCUGGGUCUAGAAAAUCAAAAUGCUGGUUAUUGUAAUCUCCAGCGAGAAGCAGCUUACAAUUUGCACCUGAUUUACAAAACAAGUGGGGCAUUUGAUCUAGCUAGGCAGGUCUUGAGAGACCACUGCACUCUAUGAGAUUAUAUACUGGAUGCCAACAGCAAAUAGAUGCUGAAAAGCUGAAUUCAAGGGACAUCCAAGUUUAGUGGCUAUCAUGGCCACCAAUUUUAAUUCAUGGUACUCUCUUGACAUUAAUGUCCUUUUUUUAAUGGGAAAAAGGAAGUAAUCCUACUUUGUUUUAAUAUCUUGGGACAGUAGUAACCUGUCAUGAUUUGAGGGUUGCAUUUGUAAAGAGAGUGAACAGAAUGACUAAUUAAUUUCAAUGUGCAUCGCGGUGAACUAAAUGACCAAUUCAGUUUGAUGUUCAUAUUUUUCUGCAACUUGCAUGGUCAUACAGAAAACCCACCCCACUGGUGUGGAAGCUGCUGAACAUGUGAUUCGUGUUUGAUUUUGUGUGAUUUUCUCUUUUUUGGGAGGAAAUAAUCUCAAAAGAUUUAAAAUUUUCUGUUUCAGUGUUUAUUUAUGAUGAAGCAGUUUCUAAUUCUUUUAAAAAAAUCAAAAA